AUGCGCUCGGUUCACGCUUUCGCGGCUUUGGCCAUGACAGGCUGCGCAGCAGCUCUUCCUCAAUCAAUUCCUCUCGGUGAGGUCGCUGAGAUACCCGCCGCACCAAUCACUGAGACUCCGCUUGGUGAGGGUGCUGGUACCAAGGUCGUUCCCUAUUCUCCAGAUGCUGUGGUUGCCGACACCUUUGCCUCAGUCCUCGCGGAUCCUGCCUCCGCCGACAAGUCGCUGAAGCGGAGAGGUUGGGACUGCUCAGAACAGCCUCUUGGGAAAGGACCUGUCCCGAGCCCAGACAGUCCAGAAGCUUUUCUAGCUAUGGAAGAGAUCUCGAAGGCUGCUACUGAUGCCUCUACACCAGCUGGCUAUGUCAGCAAGUUCAAGAACUUGAAGGGCAGCAACAACGCCGUGGCAUAUCUUGGGUACAAGACCUUGGAUACCUACGACACCCAAGCCUGUGCCGACUCUUGCACUGAGAAGGAAGGGUGCUCAGCGUUCAACAUCUUCUACGAGAGGGACCCUUCGGUUGUUCCUGCUGAUUCCUGCGCCAAUCCUGCUAGUACUACAGUCAUCAAGUGUGUACUGUGGGGCAGCCCUGUGACCGCCGAAACAGCUGUCAAUAGCGGACAGUGGCGCGCUGAUUUCCACGUAGUCAUUGCUGGAUCAAACGGCUAUGACAGUGAACGCGUAGUUUCUGUCGACGGCUACAGCGGCGAGUCUCUUGGAAACGUCGCAAUCAACGCCCCGAACGACUGCAACGGUGACGAUACUUACAUGGGCUACAAACUCUUCAACGAUGGCCAGCCCUUCGAACCCGCCCGCUGCGCCGCCGCAUGCGAAGCCGAGACCAAGUGGAACGUCGAGCACCUCAACAGCCGCAUGCUAUGCAAGUUCUUCAACACCUACGUCCUGAUGAAGAACGGCGAGCCCCAAGGCCAAUACUGCUCCAUGUACACCCAGAAAUGGGCGAAGAGCGUGGCUGUCAACGAUGGCCAGUACCGUGGAGACGACCACUACACGAUUGCUUCCAGCUACUCCUACUCCAACACCGCCGAUCCUGGAAAGCCUAAACUGCCCUGCGAUGUCGCCGCCGCCAAGUCUGCCAUCAUUGCUUCGUCGCUACAGCCGUUCUGCUCUACGUUUCUUGGAUACACAACUCAAGUUUCGACUGUUAUCGCCACUGUAACUGCUACUGUUCCCGCAACGACUGUUGUUGUCACCGAUGCGCCUGUGACCACGACUACCACGACGGUCACUCAAGCUCCGCAAAAGCGCGACGUUGCUAUUCAGAACACGCCUGCUGCUCUUGCCGACUUUGCUCCCAGUGCUGUCUCUGCAGCCUGCAGCCUCCAAGCUACCCCCGUCACAGAAACCACUACUACGUCUACUACGACCACUGCGACCGUUAGUUCCGGUACUGUACUAGUCACUACCACUCUGCCUGUCCGCACUACCAUUGUCACCUCGGUAGUUGCUGCGGCGCCGACAUGCACUGCCAGCGGCGUCAACCUCAUUAAAAACGGCGGCUUCGAGGAUGGUGCGAAGAGUUGGCCACAGACAAACUGGAACGGGCAGGAAAUGCCGCCAGCUUUCGGAGUGAUUAGUGGUGGGUCCAGUGGCGGCUCCUCUUUCCGCGUAACAACGGCCAAAACAGGCGGCGCCAUGGUCCUAGUACAGGGAGUGCGUGGCCUGACCCAAGGAGUUACGUACACAUUCUCGUACAAGUAUCUCGUCACGGACUCUCCGGCCAGCUCUAUCAAUUGCGACAUGCCUACAGGACAAGGCUCACAGAGUGUUACGAGCGACGGGCGGGUCAACUCUUGGAUUUCAGGACCCUCCAAUUAUGGAAAGACUUUUGUAGCUACAGGAACCACUGGGACGCUAAGAUGCUUGAUUACUGCAGACGGUGCUCAAACAUUCCGCCUUGAUGACUUCUAUUUGGGGUGCUAG